AUUGAUGUUAAAACUUCAAAGUACCGUCAUUAAAUUUUCUUUAAUUCCACUUUCUCAUUGGUCAAUUCAUAUCCAAACUAUCUUUUUCGAAAAAAAAAAUUAUAUCAAACUACAUGAUCAUCACAAAUUUUCAUAAAACCAAAAUUUUUAUCAUCAGGAAAUCUGGUUCUCUUGUCGAAUCAAAAUCAAGAUCUCACACUAUCUACUACUCAAAAGAAAUUUUGAUUUGCAAUAUUAACUCUUUAAUUUUUUUCGUAAUUGGAGUUCACAUAAAAAGGGGCGACUUGCAAGAAACCUCCCGAAAUGGGCGUUUGUAGCUCCAAACCCUCGUCAAGAACCAAAUUUUCCGGUCACCAAGAGACGAAUAUUCCGGCGAAAGACAGUGAUGGAAAAGAAUCAGAGGAUAAGAUUAGCAAGAAAGGUGAAACUGAAGUAGGGAAAAAAUCUCCAUUUUUCCCGUUUUACAGUCCAAGUCCAGCUCACUAUCUUUUCUCAAAAAAAUCAUCUCCGGCGCCGAAUACGAGCUCUAAUUCAACAACACCCAGAAGGUUCUUUAAACGGCCAUUUCCGCCGCCGUCUCCGGCAAAGCACAUUAAGGCGUUGGCGAGGCGGCAUGGCUCCGUCAAGCCAAACGAGGCGGCGAUACCUGGAGUAAAUGACGGAGAAAGGAAUACGGGAUUGGAUAAAAGUUUCGGAUUUUCGAAGCAUUUUGGGAACAAAUACGAGAUUGGUGAAGAGGUAGGAAGAGGGCAUUUUGGACAUACUUGUAAAGCUAAGUUCAAGAAAGGGGAAUUUAAGGGUCAAGAAGUUGCAGUCAAAAUCAUUCCAAAGUCAAAGAUGACAACAGCCAUAGCCAUCGAGGAUGUGAGAAGGGAGGUGAAGAUAUUGAGAGCUUUGACUGGACAUAACAACUUGGUGAAAUUUUACGAUGCAUAUGAAGAUAAUGAUAACGUCUAUGUUGUAAUGGAGUUAUGUAAAGGAGGUGAGCUUUUGGAUAGAAUACUUUCAAGAGGUGGGAAAUACACAGAAGAUGAUGCUAAAGUAGUGUUGAUACAAAUACUAAAUGUCGUUGCAUUUUGUCAUCUUCAAGGUGUAGUGCAUCGUGACUUAAAGCCAGAGAAUUUCUUAUUUACAUCAAAGGAUGAAAACUCACAACUAAAGGCCAUAGAUUUUGGCUUGUCGGAUUUUGUAAAGCCAGAUGAAAGACUGAAUGACAUUGUGGGAAGUGCAUACUAUGUGGCACCCGAAGUGCUACAUAGAUCAUAUAGCACUGAGGCCGAUGUAUGGAGUAUCGGUGUUAUAUCUUACAUUCUUUUGUGUGGGAGUCGCCCUUUUUGGGCAAGAACCGAAUCGGGAAUCUUUCGAGCAGUGUUAAAAGCUCAUCCAAGUUUUGAGGAAGAACCAUGGCCCACACUGUCCUUAGAGGCCAAAGAUUUUGUUAAACGCUUAUUGAAUAAGGAUCCUAGGAGACGAAUGACAGCUGCUCAAGCAUUGGGUCAUCCAUGGAUUAGAAAUACUAAUGAUGUGAAAGUGCCACUUGAUGUCUCGAUAUUGAGACACAUGAAGGGUUACAUGCGUUCUUCUGCUCUUCGUAAAUCGGCUUUACGUGCUUUAGUGAAGACCUUGACUAAAGAUGAGUUGUUUUAUCUAAAGGAGCAAUUUUCUUUGUUAGAACCGAGCAAAAACGGAUCUAUAAGCAUGGAGAAUAUCAAAGUGGCCUUGAUGAAGCAUGCUACGGAUGCCAUGAAGGAGUCACGUGCCCAUGAUUUUCUAACAUCGCUUAAUGCGCUUCAAUAUAGAAAAAUGGAGUUUGAUGAAUUUUGUUCGGCUGCUAUAAGUGUUCAUCAACUUGAGGCUCUUGAUAGAUGGGAGCAACAUGCUCGAUGUGCAUAUGAAUUAUUUGACAAAGAUGGCAAUAGGGCUAUCAUGAUUGAAGAACUAGCUUCAGAACUUGGCCUUGGUCCAUCAGUUUCUGUUCAUUCUGUAUUGCAUGAUUGGAUUAGGCACACAGAUGGAAAGCUUAGUUUCUUAGGGUUUGUGAAAUUGUUACAUGGUGUGUCUAGUCGCACCCUUGCCAAAGCUCGUUAACUUUUUGGAGGGCAAAUUUGGUAUUUCUGAUUUCUUCCAACUGUAAAUCUGUAAAAUUUGUUGGAUUUGCAGGUGAGGGUAGUAAGUAAAUUUGUUUGUUUAUAUGUAAUUUUUCUUACCGAUUUCUGAAGAACAUGCAUGUGAUUGGCAUUGUAUCAUCAAAUGUUUCAUGUUCUUGUAUGAAUAUUCUAAUCCAUUGAUUUCUGCAUGAUAUUAUUAAGU